CCAAUCUGUAGACUUCACAAAAUUCUUCGCAUAAAUUCCUUAGUUUCCAAUCGAAGCUGAAAACAUUUGAAGACGAGAUCUAAUCUCCCUUAACAAAGCCAAAGCAAAAAGCCACAAUGUCCGCUCCAAACCAAGGCCGUCAGUCUCCGGACCCUGAGCGUCAAACGGGCGCUCAGCAGCAAGACCCUCCAGCAAGCGGUCAGUUUGGGAAGCAGAGCGAUGACAACAACAAGGAGAUUCUAGAAGGUCUUAAAAGCAAUCCGGAGCACCCAUUGGAGAAAUUCGCAGAGGAGAAGACGAGUAAACAGUAGGCGAUGUUGUUGAUAUGUUGAUUCACAUUUGUUAUGAUAAGACACGGUUCGGAAACGGUAUGCUGGCACGACAGCAUGUCACACGGAAAUCCCGGUGAUUUUUUUUAUGACCACAAUAGACCCAAAAAAAAGUUGACUUUGCCAAGACUUCCAUUAUGCUUCUGCGACGUGUUCGGCACAUUAGUACAUGCGCCAAUGCGAACCUCGAUUCAUAGAUGCUACUGCUCUAGUUUCUGGAAUGUACUUGUAUAUUCCCCACGUGGGUCCCAAAGGUGUCGCUUCUACGCUGUGUUUGACUCGA